AUGUCGAAAGUCUUGGAUCCCCUCAAGGGCCCCUUAAAGGGCGACACAACCUCCUCCAACUCGCUCACCCCCAAGUCGUCUUCGCCCCAACCCCAGAGCGUUCACCGUAAGUUGUACAACAGACACGUUCAGUUGAUCGCCAUCGGUGGCUCCAUCGGAACUGGUUUGUUUGUCACUAUCGGAACCACUGGUCUCGUGCGUGCUGGCCCUCUCGGCUUGCUUUUGGCGUACGGAAUAUGGACCGUGGUGAUUUUGCUUUUGACCACUGCUGUCGGAGAAAUGGUGUCUUUCUUGCCUGUGAGUUCGCCAUUCUUGACCAUGGCAGGCAGAGUGGUGGACCCUGCGUUUGAAUGCGCAGCAUCCGUUAACUUCUGGAUCAUGCAGAGUUUGUACAUUCCGUUUGAAAUCACGGCUGUCAACGGUAUGAUCCACUUCUGGAGAGAAGACUACUCGCCAGCCAUCCCGUUAUGUGUGCAGAUUGCCAUCUACGCCUGCAUCAACUUGUUUGCGGUCAGAUUAUACGGAGAGUGUGAGUUCUGGUUGUCGAUAGCAAAAUUGAUCUUGUGUAUCGCAUUGCUCUUUUUCACCUUGAUCACCAUGUGUGGUGGUAACCCUCAAGGUGAUGCUUUUGGCUUCAGAAACUGGCACGCUGCUGGAGGCCCCAUUGCCGAGUACCUCAGCAAGGGCAAUAUCGGACGAUUUGAAGGUUUCUUGGGCUGUUUGCGUGGUUCCGCAGCAUUCACGGUGGUUGGACCCGAGUACAUGUCCAUGGUGGCUGGUGAGGCCAUAAACCCCAGAAAGACUAUGCCCACUGCCUUCAAGACGGUGUUGUACCGUUUGGCAUUGUUCUACAUCGGAGGUGCCUUGUCUGUGUCGAUUUUGAUCGCUUACAACGACCCAAACUACUUGAAAUUGACCUCGGAUGCCUCCAACGCUGCCUCCUCCCCAUAUGUGGUGGCCAUGCAGAACUUACAGAUCAAGGUGUUGCCUGACAUCAUCAACGUGGUCAUCAUCACUUCGGCCUUUUCCGCUGGUAAUUCCUACACUUAUUGUUCGUCCAGAGCCCUCUAUGGGUUGGCCCAGAGAGGAUUUGUGCCUCGUUUCUUCAAGAUCUGUACCAAGCUGGGUGUGCCUAUCUUCUGUGUUGCAGUAUCCAUCUGCUUCUCGUUAUUGUCGUUGAUGCAGUUGGGCUCGUCUGGUAACAAGGUGUUGAACUACAUGGUCAGUUUGUGUACCGGGUCUCAGGUGUUGAACUACGGGUUCAUGUCCAUCAUCUACAUCAGAUUUUACCACGCAUGCAAGGCCCAAGGCAUCGACAGAUCCACCUUCCCAUACAGGGCCUGGUUCCAACCAUACUCGAUCUACAUUGCCGCAUCUUUGAUCUGGUGCUUGAUUGGAAUUUUGGGCUACCAUGUCUUCAAGCCUGGAAUGUGGUCUGUGGAUGACUUCUUGUUCAACUAUGUGAUGAUCUUCGUUGCCAUCGCCGUGUUCUCGUUCUGGAAGCUCCUCAAGAGAACCAAGGUGGUCAAGUUGAGCGAGGCUGACUUGUACACCGGAAUCGAGGAGAUCGAAGAGCAUGAAUACGAGAUCUAUGCCAAGAGAGAGGCCAACGGAGAAGAGGACGACGACAAGAAGAAUGGUAACUUCCUUAAGAACGCAUUGAAUUGGGUCUUUUAA